AUGGAACAGCAGCAUUACCCCUCCUACUGUUACCCUGCCACUGCCAAUGUGUCUUCCGCGCCGCCCGCCAUCGACGCGACAGACGACAGCGACAUGCUACUGCAGCUUGAAGCCUUCCUCCUCGGCACCGACGACGCUGAGCCCGCCGCCGAGGCGGUGUCCUCCGACUGGUCGUCUUCCUCCUCCGCCCCAACUUCCCCAGAUGUGGGAGCGGUAACGAAAACCACCGUCAACACUGGCGACAAUCAGCAUCGGGUCCCGGGUACGGAUGCCUCCAGCUGCAAGAAGCGGCAGGCCUUGAUAGGGGUACGCAAGCGGCCGUGGGGCAAGUUCGCGGCCGAGAUCCGCGACUCCACGCGCAAGGGUGCCCGCGUGUGGCUCGGCACCUUCGACAUCCCCGAGGCCGCCGCGCUGGCCUACGACCAGGCCGCCUUCUCCGCGCGCGGCGCUGCCGCCGUCCUCAACUUCCCCGUGGAGCGCGUGAUGGAGUCGCUGGGGGCGCUCCAGCUCCAGCUCCCCGGCACAGGGAGGUGGUUCCCCUGUCCUCGCGCUCAAGCGGCGCCACUCCAAGCGGACGCGGAGGCGCAAGGUCGUCGUCUCACCUGUCAUCGACGACGUCAGCAAUAA